CACCAAUGGCAUUCCAUGCGCUCGCUUCGUUUCAGUUAAGACCUUGACUGCUGUAAUCGUUAGCAAGCAGCAGCUAUGGCGGAGUCAGGCAAAUGCACCUCAGGUCUUCCUUCACCAGGAGAUAUGACUUCACUGGCACGGGCUCUAUCUCACACCACUUUAUCCCAGCUCGACCAGUCGGACGUGUUUCAGUCGCAGUCGUCUCUGUACAGAAUAGCAGCCUCUCGGAGGAGAAGAAUAUCCGCUAGUCAAAGCGUGGACUCCUUGGACAUGAGUCCGAGCGCUGAGGCGCGAGUGCUGGUCAUCAACACCGGAGGGACAAUAGGAAUGAUGUACCACAAUGACGUGCUGUGUCCUGAACCAAAUGCCCUGGUUAAAGCUCUCCGCAAACUUCCCACUCUGCAUGACGAACAAUAUGCUCUGCAAACCCGACUCUUUGAGUACUACGAUCCUCUGGAAAACACGCUGGUGCUGCCCCUUUCCAAACAGAACAAAAGAAUAGUGUAUACUGUUAUAGAGUAUUCUCCGCUGCUGGACUCCUGCAACAUGACAACCGAUGACUGGGCCACUAUUGGAAAAGACAUUGAGAAACACUAUGAGAAAUAUGAUGGCUUUGUCAUUCUGCAUGGUACUGACACUAUGGCCUACACGGCCUCAGCUCUGUCCUUUAUGUGUGAACACCUGGGCAAACCUGUCAUUCUCACUGGCUCUCAGGUACCAAUCUAUGAAAUGAGGAACGAUGGGAGAGACAACCUGUUGGGGGCGCUGCUGAUCGCAGGGCAGUUUGUCAUCCCUGAGGUGUGCCUCUACUUCCAUCAUAAGCUGUUCCGAGGUAAUCGUGUUACCAAAGUGGAUGCUGGGAGUUUUGAUGCCUUUAACUCCCCCAACCUGGCUCCAUUAGCCAAUGCCGAAGUUGAUAUCAAAAUAAAUUGGGACACGGUGUGGAGGGCAAACACAACAGCAAAGUUCAGGGUCAACACACAGAUGAACCGCAACGUUGGCCUCCUGCGUUUAUUCCCGGGGAUCACUGCUGACACUGUUCGAGCUUUUCUGCAGCCACCCAUGGAGGGGAUUGUCCUGGAGACCUAUGGCAGCGGUAAUGCCCCAGAUAACCGUGCAGACCUGCUGGAAGAGUUUCGUAAAGCUACAGAAAGAGGAGUUAUCAUGGUCAACUGCACCCAGUGCCUGCGAGGCUCUGUCACCACAUCAUACGCCACUGGGAAGGCCCUGAGUGAUGCUGGAUUGGUGCCUGGGGGUGAUAUGACUCCAGAAGCUGCUUUGUCUAAACUCUCCUAUGUACUGGCCAGGAAAGACCUAACGACUCAAGAGAAAAAGAAGAUGUUGAGCCGAAAUCUUCGUGGUGAAAUGAUCGCUCACUUGAAGGGGGCCAAGCUGACACUCAGUGACAGUCGCUUCAUUCAAGUCAUUGCUAAAUCCCUCAGCAUCAGCUGUAAAGAGGAGCUGGAAGCUAUCCGUGAUGCCCUGACUCCCACAUUAGCCUGCGCUGCUGCUAAGAUUGGCGAUGUUGAGGCGCUGGAGGCAAUUAAAGAGAUGGGAGCAAACUUGAGCAUGGAAGACUACGAUGGUCGGACUCCUCUCCAUAUCGCAGCCUGUGAGGGCCACCUCAAAUUAGUGCAGUAUUUACUGAGCCUGGGAGCCACCGUAUAUGCCAAAGAUCGCUAUGGGAACACGCCUCUUCGAAAUGCUGUUCGUUUCAGACACAAAGACGUGGUGAAGUUACUGAGAAAAACAGGAGCCCAUUUUUCUCCUGAAGAAAUAGAAGGUGCUGGAACUGAGCUUUGCAGUCUGGCAGCAAACGCAGACUUGGAAGGCUUGGAGCUUUGGCACUUAGCUGGAGCUGAUCUAACUAUGCCAAGUUAUAAUGGGCAAAUAGCCAUAGAGGUGGCCAUGCAGUUUGGCAAUGAGGAAGCUGUGCAGUAUCUUCAACGAGCUGCACAGUACCGAGCUCAGGUUUUUGAUGAAAUCGAAGAGCUCCGCAUGCAACGUGGAGGGAAUCAGUCCACCCACACCUACUUUUAGUGCCUGGUUUGUUGUUCUACCGUACUGAAAUGUCUGAGGCUGUAAUAUAUGUAGCUAGCAUAAACGUUUUUUGUUCUCAGCUCUUUAAUCUUUCUUCUCUAAAUAAAUUGUUGUUCUGUAAAUAAAAGCUUCAGAUAUCCUAACCUUAGUUUAUCGAAAGUUUCAAAUGCUUUAUACACACAUUUCAACCUGUGUGUCACUGCACUUGCGUUCUUUUAAUUGUGACCUUACCAAUUAUUGCUAAUUUGCUUAUUAUAUGCCAUUGUUUGCAAUUAUAAGGGUAUGAGGAUAUAAUUUUCCCCUUGCAAAUACAUGGGUAAAUGAUGUCCAUUGUUUAAAUUAAAUAUGAUCUGGAGGUAACUUAUUAAAGUGCAAAAUUUAUAUUUGAAUUUAAUUUUAUAUUUUAAUUCUCUAUGGAAAAUAUAUUUCAUAUUAUACAUUUAGAAGUCAAAACCUUUUUUUGAUUUUUUCAUUUUUUUGAUAAUUUUUUCCAGAAUGGUGAAUUCAUCGAGUUUUCAGCUUGUCCACAGAAAUCCUAAGGAGACAAUCGCACAAGCAUGCUUCCCUUUGACAAUCGCACAAGCAUCCGUCCCUGUGUUGCUUUUCAUUCAAUGUAUUUGUAGUGUUAUUACAGCAGAUAGUUUCACAAAGCUGAUUUACUUUAUAAACGAGUCAACUAAAGGUGGCAGCGUAACGAAAUCAUCUUGAGAAGACGUUUUUAAGUUUUUAAUUUUGCUCAUUAGGAUUAUAGUAUAAUAGCACAUUGGUCACAUAAUACAAGAUCAGUAAACAGUACUGGCUUCUGGAAAUGUUCAAGGUAUUAGUAUUAAUGUUUUUUGAUCAGAGCAUAAAACUGGCUUUAUCCAUCCUUCCUUUAAUCCUGUUUUUUAAAUAGAUAAUUUGAUCUUGUGUCAAUACAAUUUGAAUCCUUUUCAUUAGAGAAUAAGCCAUUUAUUUUCCCUGUGGACUGUAUGUAUACAUAACUAAACAAACAACUGUGCUUGUAUAAAUGUUCAGUUAUCAUUAGUGAAUGUCCUUUUAUGUUACUGAGCAAUAUUAAUUAAGUGUUGAUGUCGCAUCAGUAUUAGAAAGUAAUAAAGUGUUAUGUUCUAAGAGUCUUCCUUUGACAGGGAGUGCUACAAUAUGUAUUGUACAUUUUAGAAAGUGUUUGAGAACUAGAGAAGGCCAUGUUUGGGAACGGUUCCAAUUCAAAUAUACUGUUAAACCAUAUCUGGUGUAAUCAGGUUUGUUUAUCAUCUCAUUAGGUGGUCAGGAAGUGGAAAGAGAGUGUUGUGAUUUGCACUAGCCAACAUUGGUUUGGCUUUUUGCUAAUUCACCAUCUGCUUAUGUGAACUGGCACAAAAGAGUUGUGCAAUAUUUUGUCUCUUUGCAAUUCACCUCAGCAUGCAGUUCAGUAUGUCUUAAAGAUGCACAAGCAUGUAGUAUGACUCAGGUAAUAUCCAAAAGCUGAGAAAAUAUGUCUGUGUUUGUUGUUAUUAUAUGAAUGUGAAAUGAUGGCAAAUCUGUUAGAUAAGCACAAACACAGAAAUAAACAUUUUCAUCCUUA